GUCAAAGUUUUACGGUCUUACUGCAAUCAUCCCGAUUCUUUCUGAAAUAAAUAUAAACAUCUGCGAAAUGUAAUAUUACUUCCAUUUUGACUUUUGCUCCAAAAUAUAGGUAUUCAGAAACUAUUUGAAAAAUGCUGUAAUAUUGGGACUGGCUGUAUAUGUUGCAUGAAAGUAUUACGGGGCGUUAAACGCCAACCUUCGUGUGUUUUGAUACUGUUGUUCAUUAAUUUUGAAAAUAACAGUGCUGUAUCAUAAUCGUUGAUAAAUUCGAUACCAACACGUGGCAGCGUAUUGUCAAAAUAGCAGUGCUGCACACGUUGACGCAAGGAGUGGGUUACAUUAGUUUUAUCUAUUGAAAAUUCGCUAUGAAAUAUGAGUACUGUAAAACUGAUUUCAUCUACGAAACAUCACGGAGUGACAGUAGUGUUCAAAGUGGAAGUGUAUUCGAUUCAACGUUGCAAAAUACGUGGAAAGCCGCGUUGGAGCGUGGUGUCUUCCGAUACGUUUUGAAUAUACAACAUUCUAAAAUUCUAGAGGGAAAAUUUUCUUUUGUGGCACAGUUAAAUACAGAUCGCGCUCUUAAAAGAAGGGCCCCCGAGGAAAUAACAAGCCUGACGCAGCCCUUUGACCACGACAGAUUUAAUUUUACGAAAAUAGACGAGACUGAAAUACUUUUUGAGCUGAGAAGAAAAUGUGACACAACAACAAAUAGGCAUUGUGUGAUAAUUAAUGAGAGCCCACUAGAGUUUGGGCAUUGUUUACUUUUACCCUCACGGCUGAACUGCUUACCACAAAUUGCUACACAACAUAGUCUGCAGCUGGCAAUAGAAGUUAUGCUUCUUAGUUCAAAUCCGGCAUUUCGUCUAGGUUUCAACAGUCUCUGUGGCUAUGCAUCUGUUAAUCAUCUCCACUAUCAUGGUUAUUACCUUAAUUACUCCAUGCUCCUGGAGCGCAUUUCUGUGCAGCAUUUGAGUGGCCCAUGCUUCAUACUGGUCAACUAUCCGGCGAAAGGAUUUGUCUUUCAGCUGCCAUCAGAUAAACGUCCAGAAACCUUAGCAAGGGAUGUAUUCAAGCUAACAAAUUUUCUAGUAUGCAACAAUGUAGCACACAAUAUAUAUAUAACCAGAGGAACUCAUUUUUCCUCAUCGCAUACAAACUCUAAAAUUUGCAACACAAUCCGUGUUUAUGUGUGGGCGAGGAAAUCUUCUUCAGGAGCAAAACAAAAUGAUGCUUUCAAUCCUGCAAUAUGUGAGCUGUUUGGCCAUCUCAGUGUUAAAACAGAAGCAGCAUAUUGGUCUCUGACAGAAGAGCAGGUGGUUGAAAUGCUAAGUGAUGUUUGUGAGGGUACUUUUGGACAGGUUACAGAUUCUGUGAAGGAAUUGUUUGAAGACUAAGACAGUGCUCAUCAUGUUCAGAUGACAUGGCAUCCAGUGAUCAUGUUAACUACGAAAUGUUAAAUGGUACAGAAUAAACAAAUCAAAUAUCAUACAAGUACUUAACAUUCACUGUUGUAUGAAUUUUUUUAUUUAUUAGUAAUGAAGACUUUUUCAGUAAGGAAGAAACACUGUGUGUGUUUCUUACAGUGACUGCAAACACACUGCAUACACUGUUUUACUGCAGUACAAGAUUGACAUGUUGUAUAUUAAUUAAUGUAAUUUACUUCAGUUUCUAUGGUUUGGUCCAAAUUACAUACACAGUUCAGUAUUAAAUUUAAAA